AUGUCGCUUUUGGAGGCCCAACGACAGCUUCUUGAGGAAAAUGAUGCCAUCGAGGUGGCUGUGGCGAAAAGAUUUCGCAAGUUUCCUGCUUUGGCUGAAAAGUGCAAUAUUGACAGAGAUCAUGAGCUAGUGCCCAAGAAGAAGAGGUCUCACAAGGAAACGGUACUUCUGGAGAACGAGCUCAAGUUUUUCGAUGAAACGUAUAAGAAUAACAGAAUGAGGAUGAAGGAACAAUUAAGCUCCAAAACGGAGCUCGUCAGUGAGAUCAACGUGUUCAAGGAUCCAAAAAUGAAGUUCUAUCUGAUUCUAGAUGCAAUGAAGGAGCUCAGUGAAAAGAGACAGGACAAGCUAGGGUCUCUUCGGAAUACACUUUCGAUGGUGCUUCCCUACCUGAGUGCUACAGAAGAGGAUAGAAAGGCUGACUCAAAUAAAGUGAAGAGAAGGUGUCUUCUCUCGAGUAUGGGUACCCAUAUAGGUGAGCAUCUUGCAGAAGUUUUCAAUGAGGUGGAACUGUUUGGGCAGUUUGUGGACUUAUCCUACUUUUACGAGCAGUACAAGCUCUUAGUUCCAGCUAAUGUAUCGUACACUGAGUACCUACGAAAGUUUGCGUUGUUUCCGUAUGAGACUUUCAAGGCAGACGAGUAUAAGAGGUACUUAAACAGGCUUCUUGAGUAUCUUCUACGUUUUCAUCAACUCACACAUCCACUUACUGAUGUCACAAAAAUCCUACAUGACAUUGACGAAAAUUCAUCGGAAUACCAAGUAAGAAACAACACGGAAGACGCCAGGAACGACGGCGUGCCUGAUGAGGAAGGCAAGGUGUUCUGUCGUGCUUGCCACAAAAUAUUUGCCAAAGAGUCUGUUUACAAAGCACAUUUGGAUGGCAAAAAGCAUAAGAAGAACCAGAAAGUGGCCGAGGACAACAGCGCACCUUCUACAACGAACAGCAACUACAAAUUGGAGCAACAGAUCUCCAAACUAGCUAGCCUCCUCAAGCCCACGAUAGAUGCCACUAUCAACCAUAUCGAGCGCAGAGCAGUGGCGUCAGAACGUGAAAAAUUGAUCGAGGAUACGGCAUUAGCGCAGGAAGAUUCUGAGUAUACCGCUACAGACACUGAUGCCGGCGACUCGUCUCACAGUGAGGAGGACGACGACGAUGACUUGCUAACCAAGCAUCUCCCUCUCGGCACUGACGGUGCUCCCAUCCCACUCUGGCUAUAUAAACUUCAGGGCCUUCACCGGAGCUACGUUUGCGAGAUCUGUGGUAACAUCAAAUACAAAGGAAGACAGCAGUUUGACAAACAUUUCAGCCUGGCGAAGCAUGUGUUUGGGCUCCGAUGUCUUGGAGUGGACGAUGACGACAUAAUCAACUUUGCUGGUAUAUCUAGUAUCCACGAGGCCAAUGAGCUUUGGAGCAAGUUAAAGAAGGCAAAAAAGAAUCUCGAAAACACGAUAGAAAAUGCAGUGGAGGUUGAAGAUGACGAAGGGAACGUCAUGCCGGAAAAGGACUAUAUCGAGCUCAAGAGGCAGGGCCUUCUUUGA